UUUGUGUUGUAUUUGUAUUUAAUAAUAACAUUUAUGGGGUUUCUAUUGUUUUGAACGUAAUUUGUUUACUGAAAAACUCAUUCAUUUAAUGUAAUUUUCGGUAAUAAUUGUCAAUCAAAGACAACAAACCAUAUCAUCGGUGGUGCGGACAAUGGUUUUCAUACAAUUACCGACACAAUUGACUGAUGAGGAACAGAUGCUUCAGAGAAAGUAUCAGAAACUUAAACGAAAGAAGAAAGCGUUACAAGCAUUGAGAGCACCAAAACCCGAAGCACAGCCAAUCCAACAGCCGAUCAAACGGACGUCCGAGAGCGGCACCGAUGCCAAAGAAGUGGCCAAAAAGCUGCUUAAAUUGGGAAAAAUUCAUGCCAUCAAACAACCGCUGGCUAAGGACAGACAGGCCUCGGGUUUCAAGCGAUCGGUUUCGUUGGAGAGGAAACGUGGAGUCGGCAGUGAUAGGCCGGGUGGUUAUCAACCGUUUAAUCAGUCGCAGUCCAUCGAUGACGAUAAUGCUCCUCUUGAAAAUAUUGUUUCAAAUCGAGUGAAGCCAUUGUAUGAGACAUUUAUCUCUUCAAGAGAUCCCGAAACCAUUGCACGAGAAGAGACGGUUAGAGAGAAACGAAGAGACGGUAAAGCAAAUUAUGUCAACAGAGAUACACCACAAACGGGAAAUACUAUUUAUGUUCACGGAAUCGGUAUAAAUGAACCCACAUUGAGGACAGGGUUCUCGAUGUUUGGCAAUAUAAUGAACAUUACCGUUGAAGUCGAUAAAAACUGUGGUUUUGUUACAUUUGACUCCAUUGAGUGCGCAAACAAAGCCAUUAACGACAUGAAUCACAAGUUAGUGAAUGGUAUCAAAUUGAAAGUAUCAUUAGCCCGAAAACAGCCGGUUGUUAACGAAAAGAAACCCGACAUCAGUAAUGAUACCAUUGCUCAUUCAUCGUCUGCAUCAACAGUAGAUGUUUGGUCAACAAUUGCCGCUAAAUAUUCACAGAAAAGUGAUGUCAAAAGCAAACGAAGUCUUCUCAGUUACGAAGAGACCGAUAUAUUUGCUAACAUGUAAUUCAAUUGUAUUAUUGUUUUUUAAAUUAUUAUUAUUUCAAUCAUUAAUAAAAAUCAUUUGUUAUUUUUUAAAAUAAAUAUCACCCGUAAUUGUUA